AUGCCCGAUACUACUGCACGAGGAGUCCCCGCAUCUCUGGUGUUUGCAGUCAAGAACAAUCCAAUUCAUAUCAAGGAGAAGCCUUACGACCUGAUGUAUGUCCCCGAAGAUGAUCGACCUGCUAGCAACAUGCGCUACGAGAUCAAGGAAAACGUUCUCGUCAACGAUAUGCGGGAUCAGAACUUGACAUUUUAUGAUAAUGGAAUGGCAAUUGUGACACUGCAAAGUCAGCUGCAGUACGACGGCGCGACCAGUCCUUUCCGCAAGCAACAGGGAAACCACUACACCCCUGCCGAUGUGGAAGACCGCAUGCUGCAUCUCUUCGGCAAGACCUUUGUUGCCGAAGUGUAUAAUGUGCACCACAACCCAAGCCAGAACUGGUACUAUCUCAGUGAUCAAACCGAGAGUGAGGCAAUUGUUUUCAGUGGCUAUGAUUCGCAGAACAGUGAGAAGUCCAAGGUAGCACACUGCGCAUUUUCUUUGCCAGAUACAAAAAGGGCGGAAACGCCUCGGGAGAGCAUUGAAAUUCGAGCACUCGCAUUUUACGAUGUAUAG